AAUAAAAAGCCGAUACUUCGUAAUUUUUCAACGAUAUCGUUAUCGUAUGUAACUGUUUCACAAUUGUCUGGAAAGUCUGACACAUGCAAUUUAAGUAAAAAAAAAAAACAUUCUUAUCAAAUUUUGUUUGCGAAGUUGCUGCAACGAUUCGCGUAGUGACGAUUUGCCCGGGCAAAUUUGUAUCUGUCAGAUAUAAAACUCGUUUGCAAAAUUUGCAGGUUGUGUCUUUUGAUUAAAAAACAAUUUAGGUUCUUUCAACGAAGGAAUUAUGCAAGUAUUCCGGGACGAAUGUCAAACUGUCGAUGAGAAAAAAAAUGAUCUGUCAUUCGCACGCAUUCUCCAUAAUUUUCUGUCGCGCUUCGAAUCUUUGAAGAAUAAAUUCCAGUUUGACGUGAAAGAAGUUGAAAAUUCCUACGCGAACGACUGCGUUGAUUUGCAAACUGACGAACCAUGGCCACAGCCGAUCAUUCUGUACCAACCGUACGAGGUGGAGCAGAUUCUGCUUCCCGACAAUGCCAAUUGCCUAGCCGUGCAGGCCUACCUUAAAAUGUGUCAGCUGGAUUUUCAAAUAGAACCGAGAAAAAAUGCUGAGUUCAUGUCACCGUCAGGUCGGGUGCCGUUUAUCAAAUGCGGCUCCAAAUUGAUAUCAGAGUUCGACAGUAUAGUGGCACAUUUGGCAAGCAGAGGAACUAGUCUGUCCAAAGAUUUAGACUCGGAGGCUAAAGUUGACAUGAGAGCUUAUCUGUCCCUUGUGAAUAAUGUUUUCUUGAACGCCGAGCUUUACAUUUGUUGGGCGGAACCAACAAUUUUAAAUGCAAUCACAAAGCCCAGACAUGGGAGUGUGUAUCCUUGGCCUCUUAAUCACUAUCUAAAUUGGCAAAAGAGACGAGAAGUCAUCAAAAAGCUCAAUGUGCUCGGCUGGUAUAACAAAAGCUUAGAGGAAGUCUUUGAAGAUGUAAAGAACUGUUGCAUAGCACUGUCGGACAGGCUAGGAGAUGAGGAAUUCUUCUUUGGGAAAGGCAAACCCAACGAAUUGGACGCCUUGGUCUUUGGUCAUAUAUUCGCGAUAAUCACAACGCCAUUACCUAACAACAAGCUGGCUAUGAUUGUCCAGAGCUACCCAAAGCUCGUAAAUCUCUGUAAACGCAUCGAGAUUAGCCUUUUUUCUCCUCAAGCUAUAGACAGUCAGACUAAUGAAACGCUGGAGUUCAAGAAUUCUACCAAUGAUCCAACCUGUAUCAAGGGUAUUGAAUUAAAAGAAAAUGGCAUUUUUUCCCUAAAAUAAAAAUUUAAACGUCAGUGUGUUAGGUGGUAAAAUAUUCAAAUAAAGACCGAGAGAGGCGCAGAGGGAGUGUUAAUUGGGUAAAAAAUUUUCGAAUGCGCAAAGUGUACCGUUGAUUAAAAACGUCGUAUCAAUCUUCGCGAUAUUUAUACAAUGUUUUUAUAUAUAAUUAUUGAAAUAUUUUUAUAAUAAUUUUAUAUAUAUAUGUGUAUCGUUAAGCGCGUUGUCACUGUGUAGCGAAGUAGAGAGAGGGAGAGAGAGAGCAGAGAAGAAACGUUAUUCUAGUCAAAAUACCAUUCUCCGUUUUUUACAUUUAAUAAUGCAUGCAAAACAUUCUCGGGAAAGGUAAAACAAUUCACUAUGUAUGUAAUAUCGUGGGUAAUGGUUGUAUGUAAGAUCUUUUGAAUAUAGUUUUUCUUUAUAUACAAUAUGUGUGUAUAAAACUUGUAUUUCUUGUCUCCAGCGUUUCAGUUCGUACCUUCGGAACGUAAUUCAGACGACUCGUCUGUUUUCGUGUUGUAUCUCUAUCGCAUUUUUCACGUACAUCUUUCAGUUAGUUUCCUCACUAAACACACAUUCUAACUUAUUGUUAACCAAAAUCGUAUCCAUACUUGAUGCAAAACAAAAAAAAAACAAAGACAUUCAGGAUAUAAAUCAGUUAGUACGCGAUCCAAGUGAUUUUUCACGAAUAACAAUCUGUUUUAUUGUUAUAAUGUGUUUGUUGUGCAUAAUGUUUGAGAGUAUAAUCUUAAAGUAUAAUAAACACUACAGGAUGUAAGAUUUUUUUUCGACACUCCUUCUGAUACAUUAUGCAGCUAACUUUUUUUUUUUUAAUAUCUCGAUUUCGAUUCUAUACUCCUUACGCUAUCAAUUGUACACAGAUUUAUAAUAUAAGCACAUAUAUAAUCGUAUUUUAAUUUAUAUAAUUAUAUGUGAGACACGCAUAUAAUUAUAUAU